AUGUUGCAAAAACCAGUAACCUCGAGAAAGAGGAACCAAUUGCAUGAAGCCUCAUCUUCAACAGUGGAGGCCAACACCUCUCGCUUUCAAGAAAUUUCUUCCAUUGAAAACAACGAAGUUGAAGAUCGUACGGUUGUCUCUCUUCCGCAGCUCCCAAAUGACAUUAUUGACAGGAUUAUUGUGAAACUCCCUCUAGAACCGAUUUGUAGAUUCAAAUCAGUCUGCAAGUCAUGGGAGCAUCAUCUCUCAUCUCGCAAUUUUGGUGCAAUGCGCGCUCGUUCUAUGCACAUGCCUGCACAAACUUUCGGAGUAAUUUCUGUACUGUCUAGGUUCUACUUCCUCCGCUCUCUGAGCCAGCCAAAUGCGAAUGUUUCCCUAAGUAAACUCAAGCUCAAUGCAGGAGACGUUAUGACGAAGGAUAUGUAUGCGAGUAAUGGAAUGAUUUGUUUUGAUGAUUCAAAUGGUAUAUUUAUCUGCAACCCUGUCGAAAAAGAACUCAUUGCCAUUCCGAGAAUCCUGAAAUGGGGACUCGAGAUUCGAGGGUUUUAUUUCGACCCUGUGAGACAUAGUUACAAGAUACUGAUGUGGCAUUGGUAUCCCGGUUUGUGCAGUGCUGAACUCUUUAUGUUCAGUUCAAACACCCAAUUUUGGAAAGAAAUUAUCGUGGACUUUCGAGUGUUCGUGUUCCCCCAAAGGUCGGUGUGCAUGGACUGCAUGUUCUACAUAAUGUCGAGGUUCUUUGUGUUACCUUCAAUAUGGAAACCGAGGAAUGGGCAAGAAUUCCAUUUCCUUCAAAUUUCACCGGAGAAGUAUGCAGCUUCGUGGAGUGGGAUGGCCGGCUAUGCCUAG